UGAACAUUUAGUUUGUGUUGUGACUCUGAGCAGUGCGAAUCGAUCCACAAAUAGGGUCUUUAUUAUGUAAACAUGUUAGAUUUACUACUUCUUUGUGGAUUUAACGUGAUAGUGAGUGCCAGUGAUGUGUUUCAUGUGAACAGUAAAAUAACCUUUUAUCCGGACGAUGUGUCGGAGUAUUUUGGGUAUUCUGUGCUUUUGAGCGAUUUGGGCCUCAAUGUCGGUGCUCCCAAGGCGCAGAGUAGAGUGUCAAGGAAGUCGCAUCCUGGACUAGUGUUCACAUGUCCAUUGAGAGACCUGGACAGAGAUAAUGUCACCUGCAGGCCACUAGCGAAAAGUCGGAGAAUUUCUUUGGCUGAUGACUUCUAUAAGGAUGACAUGUGGUAUGGGGCAACUAUGGCAGCGAUUCCUAAUGGAAGACUAUUGGUGUGUUCCCCGAGAAUCACUAAGCCAUACCAGUCGAAGCACUUGCUGGCCAACGGCGCUUGUUCUGUGCACGGUCAUGACCAUGAAGUAAGACUGCUGCCCCUCGAAGAUCCAGCCAGCCAAGCCCGCCGAACCGAUGGGACCAGGAAAGAGUACGGCGAAUAUGGUUCCCAUCUCAACUACUACGCGUAUGGACAAGCCGGCAUGGCCGUGACCUACACCAAGGAGAACAAGAUUGUCAUCGGGGCACCCGGAGUCUUGCAGUGGACUGGUACACUGGUAGACUACCAGCACAACCCGGCGUCGUUUACAUUUGAUUUGCUACCGUCGACCAAUCCAUACUAUACAAAGGAUUUGGGCCCGGACGACUAUUUUGGCUACAGCGUAGGAUCAGGCGUUUUUCAAAAGAAUGGUUCGACUUUGUAUGUCGCCGGAGCACCACGAUCCAAGCGAGGGUAUGGGCAGGUCCUUGUAGUAGAACAAGCAGUAAAAGAAGACGAACCGCUGAAGAUCAAAGCCCAGCUCAUAGGCCCACAGCUGGGCUCAUACUUCGGGGCUAGCCUGUGCACUUUAGACCUGGAUAAUGAUGGGCUGACAGAUCUGCUGGUUGGAGCUCCUAACUACGCCUUGAGAUCUGACGGAGAACUGACCUACGAUCAGGGAGCAGUAUAUGUUUACAUCACAAAGCAGACGAGCAAAGGGUUCGUUUUAGAAGAAUCGGGAGUUUUAAGAGGAUCUGGCAAUAUUGGAGCUAGAUUUGGAACCUCUAUCGCUGAUCUAGGAGAUAUCAACGGCGAUGGAUUCACUGAUGUAGCCAUUGGAGCUCCAUGGGAAAACAAUGGUGCUGGUGUUGUUUAUAUAUACAGAGGUAGUGACAAAGGCUUGAUUCCUCAGUAUAUCCAAAGGAUCCACGCCGAAGGUGCCAAAAGUUUUGGCAUGUCUAUUUCCAAGGGAUACGAUGUAGACAGAAAUAAAUGCAAUGAUUUAGCAAUUGGAGCACACAAAAGUAACACAACCUACCUAUAUCGGAGUGUUCCUACAAUACAAGUGCUGUCUUCAAUAAAAGUACCAGACGCGAAAAACAUAAGGAAAGACGCUAGCAAUUUUACAGCGCUUUUCUGCGUUACUGUCCCACCGAAUAAAUCUUUGCCAAAUGCUAAAAUAGAACUCAAUGCCAGGGUGACGGUAGAUCCAGAGAGAAACAGGGCAAGGACCAUGGGUGAACCAGAAUACAUUGUUACAGCUGAAUCAGGAGUCGAUACUUGCGAUGAGCAUAUUAUCAAAGUGAAUGAUGAGGCAGAUUUAUCCAAACCAAUAUCACUGUCUUUUGAUCUGACACCAGUUAUCCAUCUAGAUUCCUUACCAAUUUUUCCGGUGGGCAGCGCUCGCCUGUCAGAGGAGUCUAUCCUUCAGUCCUCAUUUCUGAUUCAAAUGCUCAGUGACUGCGGGGAAGACCUCAUCUGCACACCCUGGUUGGUGAUGAAAAUGGAACCUUUGAAGAAAAACUAUAUUCCAGGAGACGGCAAUGAACCUGGGGUCAAGAUCUUCGUGACCAACUUGGAGGAGCCUGCGUACAGUGUCAAACUCCACGUGGUCCUCCCAAGUCUUCCAAAAAGACUUCCUGAAUCGUGCUCUCUCCAAAACUUGGAGCUCAAAUGCGACCUGCCAGCUCCUUUGAACAGAAACAAAACGGCGGAGUGGGAGAUAGUUCUGGAAUACACCUGGGACGGUUCCGCUACACAGCUGAUGAUAGCAGCCGACCUAGUAGACCCACUGUACAUGAGAAACGUCAGCACAGGAUCUAAGGAACUCAUCAUACCGAUAACUCCUGAGAGCUAUUACAAUUUCAGCGGAAAAUCCCAACCCCAGGCCAACGUGUCUGUCACAAGAGAAACAUUUGAUAAGAAAGGAGAUGUUUUGUUUACACACUUUUACGAGAUCGCCAACUACGGCCCAUCAGACCUGUAUAACUUGAAAGUGGAUUUUUUACUAUCGGAUGGUGUAUGCCCAGCAAGCUCCAUAGAAGGGUCGAGCUUUCAUGAAAAUAAGCUCUCGUUCGUUGCCGCAAAGCUCGAAGCUAAUUCAACCACGGGUUACAUAUUACCCCUGCGAUUUAACCAUUCACAGAGUGGUGACAAGCUGAAUGACGAAGAGACAUUGAAUGUGACUUCCAAGAUGUUCAUUUACGUUCAAAAUGGAAAAACAAAAGAAAACUGGACAAUGGAAGUGACCACUACAUUAUUACUGGAACCCAAGACUCCAAUUUGGCCUCUGAUUGUGGGUCUGGUGGCUGGUCUCUUAGUUCUAGCUGCCAUCAUAGCUGCUUUGUAUAAGUUCGGGUUCUUCUCUCGCCAAAAGAAGGAAGACUUGAAACAGCUGAUUGAAAACCAAGCAUCACAAGAAGACCCUGGGAACUCGUCCAACCCUUCAACAGUCGAUACCGACAGCACUACUAGAGAACUGUUAGACAUUACAGAGUAGACUAUCCAGAAGACCUGGGUAUCUUAACUUCUAUGUCCCCUGUGGGUUCUUCUUCGCUCUAUCAAAAAUUUCGCGACCAAUUUAUCACAAAUGCGAUUAUUAAAAUACCUACUAUCUUGAGCUGAAAUGAAGAAUAAAAAAAAAACAAAAAGCUUCGGGAAUGUGGAAAUUUAUUAAGUUGAAUAAACUAGUCGAUUAAGAGUCAAUAGGACUUUCAUCUCAUGAAACCAAAAAAUAAAAGAAAUGUUUAAAAAACACUUGAAAAGGAAAAGAAAGUGUUUUUAUUAUGUUAAAUAUUGUUUAAUUACAUUUCACACGUUUUAGUUUAAUACUAGCGGUCGCCCGCGACUUCGUACGCGUGGAUCCCGUUUUACCCCCUUAGGGGUAGAGUUUCGUAAAAUCCUUUCUUAGCGGAUGCUUACGUCAUAACAUCUACCUGCAUGCCAAAUUUCAGCCCGAUCCGUCCAGUGGUUUGGGCUGUGCGUUGAUAGAUCACUAUGUCAGUCAGUCACCUUUAAGCGAUUUGUAGCAGUCGUACAUACGUUGUAAUUGUACAAUUAGCAACUGGUUGCUAAGAUUCGUAAUUACCGCGGGUAUGUGUAAAAUGAGAACUUUUCAGGAGGAACAAAAUUUACAAAAGAUUUUUUCUUGAAACAUUUUAUGAAAAAUGGAGAAUAGUACAACUCUAGUUUUUAACCAUUUUUGUGCAUGUUAGGUUUGAUGUGCCUGACGUUGUACCUGAAAAAUUAAAAAAAAAAUCACAUGUAAGGUUUGUCAGGCGCACUGAAGGUACAGUGUAGGGUUACAAUUAUAAUUCUGUGAUCUCAAGAUAUUAUACUCAGGCUGGGUUGCACCAUCUUACUUUAACUUUGACAAACGUCAAAAGUCUGUCAAACUCCAUACAAAAAACACCGGUUAUCGUUAUGUUACUAUAACGAUAACCGGUGUUUUUUGUAUUGAGUUUUGGUCAAAGUUAGGUGGUGCAACUCAGCCUUAAUAAUAUCGUCGGUAGAACUUCAGGUAAGAUGUUUGUAGCAGAAUAGCCCUUAAUAAAACUACAUUACGCAGUAUUUUGCCUGAGAUUAUGCCAUCUAUAUGAAUUUGUAUGAUAUUUUUAUAAGUGAGAGCUAAACACACGAUGCGUUGCGGCGCCGGUGCGUUGUCGCUGCGUCAUUAUACAUACGACCCGAUCGAGCUAACUGCGCACUUCGCUGGAAUGCGACUCUCCCUCGCACCUCCCCGCGUAAGCCCCGUCCGUACCAGAGCGGCGAUGUGACGUCACGGCUACUGGGUACGCAGAUAACUCGAUCGAGUUGUACUUUUAGAAAUAUCUGUGGCAGGCACACGACGAUGCCACACAGCGCUCGUGCUUUAGCUCUGGCGAAUUAACUUAUUCAUAUCUUCUGUCUUUUCUUUACUAUCUUUUCUCUUCUUAUAAGUUAAGCUUCUUUAUGUAAAUACUCACCUUAUAAAAAUAAGUUUAAUUUCUUUAAUAAAUAAAUGUUAUUUAUAUUA